GUUCUUGUUCACUGACCACCCGGUCAUUGGGGAUAUGUGCGGAAGAAGAUUGGAGACAUAUCUAAACUUUUGGCAAUAUAUGUCCAAAGUGACUCCGUUUUCAUAAUACCACUUACUACCAUUGAUACAGCCCUAACCUCCAAGAUCCGGAAAUGAUUUUCCGGAAAAAAAUAUCAAUGGGUUAAAUCUACCUAGAGGUUUGGGUCUCGUACAUAAAUUGAAUCUCCGAUCAUUAAUUUCACUUUCUAUAACAUUUUGAGGGAGAGUUGUCGGAAUAGAUAGAAUUAUUGAUAGAUCAUGAUCUGGUGCCGUUUUCUGCACGUUGGUCAAAAGGGUUGCCUUUCGAAUAGGUUAUCUUUAACCCCGAAUUUGAGGUCUAAAGUUGCUUAUAACAAGUCCAAAGAAUUCCAUGGUGGGAAUUUGAGGAGACAUUUACACUUGCAGUGCACGGCAAAAUAGUCAUCAGCCCUGUUGUAUUCUUGGGCUGUCGGUGUUUUUUUCUUCAGUAGUAUACAAGGCUCUGUUUGUUUUUGGUCCUCUCUCUGUUUGAGGGUUAUUUUUUGUUUGGAUGUUGUUUGGUUGCCUUGAGAUUCCUAUAAGUGCACUGGUUGAGCUUUCUCGGUGUUAUAAAAUUUUAGCUUACCCAAAAAAAAAAAAAAAAAAAAAACAAGAAUCAUAACAUGACGCAUGCGCUGCUGUCAUCAGUCCACUGUUUCUGUGGGGUCUCCAUGGAUAUAUACUAGUAUAUAUCUGUUUCUCCAUCUUUCUCUCUCCCUGCACGCCCAUAUAGUAUAUCAAUAGAUUCUAUUCAUACAUAUUGGUCUUGAAGUGGAUACUCAUCAAGGAUGCAAGAGAUCAUGGAGAUCGAGGAGGAUAUUGUGAUAGUGGGUGGUGGUAUAGCUGGCCUCACCACAGCCUUAGGCCUUCACAGGUUAGGACUGCGGAGCUUAGUGCUUGAAUCAUCAGAGAGCUUAAGAAUUGCGGGUUUUGCUCUUACUUUGUGGACCAACGCUUGGAGGGCAUUGGACGCUGUAGGCUUUGGUAACUCCCUAAGGGAACAUUACCCUCUUAUUCCCAGCAGAGGUAAUGAAGGUCGUUGCGUGAGAAGGAAGGAGUUACUUGAGACAAUGGAGAGGGAAUUGCCCCAUGGCACUCUCCGGUACUCGUCUAAGGUUGUUUCUAUUGAGGAUACAGGAUACCGCAAAUUGUUGCACCUAGCUGAUGGUUCCACCCUCAAAACCAAGGUGUUGAUUGGUUGUGAUGGAAUUAAUUCAUUGGUUGCGAAGUGGCUGGGUCUUCCAAAACCUGUUUACUCUGGGCGAUCAGCCAUUCGGGGCUUUGCUGAGUACCCAGAUGGCCACGGCUUUCACCCAAGCCUUCAUGUUUAUUAUGAAGGCGGAGUUCGCUACGGUUAUGUUCCAUGCGGUGCCAACUGCUUCUACUGGUUUUGCACUUACUAUUCUUCUCUCCAAUAUGAUGAAGGCAUGCAAGAGAAUCCAGCCAAGAUGAAGCAGUUUGUGUUGAGCAAGAUCAGCCAUUUACCCAAACAAGCAGCUGAAGUGGUUGAAAUGACUGAAUUGGAUAGCAUCUCCUGUUCUCCAUUGAAACUAAGAUUGCCUUGGAAUCUCUUACUGGGAAAUAUCUCCAAAGGAAAUGUUUGUGUUGCCGGGGAUGCCCUUCAUCCGAUGACACCUGACAUCGGUCAAGGCGGCUGCUCAGCUCUGGAGGACGCUGUUGUUCUUGCUAGGUGCCUCGCGGAAGCUUUAUUGAAAAAACCCAGAAAUGAGAUUCAAAAUGAAGAAGAAGAAUAUGCAAGGAUUCAGAAAGGGUUGGAGAAGUAUGCAAAGGAGAGGAGAUGGAGGAGUUUUCGUCUCAUAAGUGCUGCAUAUGUGGUGGGUUUCAUACAGCAAAGGGAUGGAAAGGUGAUGAGGUUCUUGAAAGAGAAAUUUCUGUUGCGAUUCACAGCCAGUAUUGCGUGGAAGAUUGCUGACUUCCAUUGUGGCGAGCUCAACAUUUCUGGAAGUAAAUAAAUCAGUCUGUUAUUUGUUGAUCAAUGUGGUCUACAUUGAGAGGAGUUCAUGAAGUUCAAAGCUUGCAUCCUUGUUGGAGGAAGUAACAAGUCAGUUGGUCAGUUAUUGCAUUGGGACGGUUGAAACUUGAAACCUAGGAAUUUGAGGUUAAAAUAGACAAAAUAAGUAGGAGGGGCCAGUUUAUUAGUGUUGUACUGAAUAACUAAGAGCAUCUCCAAUCGCGAGUUAAGUGGUAUUUUCUUUUGGGGACAACAAAAUUUAUUUCUGUCUUGCUUUUUGUGAAGAAAAUAGAAAAAAUAAGAAUUGUACCAUUGAAGUUUAUAGUAAAAUAAGAGGGUAUACUUUUUCAGACCUUGUUUACUAAUGUUUUGUGAAGGAUAAAUUUUGAAAUCGAAAUAUGCAUUAUCGGGUGA